AGGGCCACGUGUGCUGGAGGGAAGCAGGAAGUGACAGCGGGAGUGGAGCCGGCCGAGCGAGUGGCAGCGGGGGCUGAUGGAAGUGGAGUGGGGGCUGGAGAGGGCACCCUACUGUAUCCGGCAUGCUCCAAGGCCACAGCCCCGUGGUCCAGGCCUUGCUGGGAACCUUCUUCACCUGGGCGAUGACAGCGGCGGGGGCGGCUCUCGUGUUCAUAUUCUCUAGUGGACAGAGGCGGAUCUUAGAUGGAAGUCUCGGCUUUGCUGCAGGGGUCAUGUUAGCCGCUUCCUAUUGGUCUCUGCUGGCUCCAGCAGUCGAGAUGGCCACGUCGUCCGGAGCCUUUGGUGUCUUUGCGUUCUUCCCAGUGGCCGUGGGCUUCACCCUCGGAGCUGCUUUCGUCCACCUGGCUGACCUCCUGAUGCCACACCUGGGUGCAGCAGAAGACCCUCAGACAGCCCUGGCACUGAACUUGGACCCUGCUCUGAUGAAGAAGAAAUCCGAUCCCGAGGGCCCCACACUGCUGUUCCCAAAGAGCGAACUUUCCAUCCGGAUAGGUAGCGCUGGUCUUCUUUCAGAGAAGAGCGAGAAUGGCGAGGCAUACCAGAGGAAGAAGCCGGGGAGCGCCGGCCUGGCGGAGGGGCCUGCUCCCUCGGGGCCUGCACCGGAGCAUGCCCCGCGUCCUGGCGGCAGUAGCUGGAGAAGAAUCGCGAUGCUCAUCCUGGCCAUCACCGUACACAACGUCCCAGAGGGUCUUGCUGUUGGAGUUGGAUUUGGGGCUGUAGAAAAGACAGCAUCUGCAACCUUCGAGAGUGCCAGGAAUCUGGCAAUUGGAAUAGGGAUCCAGAACUUCCCAGAGGGCCUUGCUGUCAGCCUCCCCCUGCGUGGGGCAGGCUUCUCCACCUGGCGAGCGUUCUGGUACGGCCAGCUGAGCGGCAUGGUGGAGCCCCUGGCUGGGGUCUUUGGUGCCUUUGCUGUGGUGCUGGCUGAGCCCAUCCUGCCGUACGCACUCGCCUUCGCCGCUGGCGCCAUGGUCUACGUGGUCAUGGACGACAUCAUUCCCGAAGCCCAGAUCAGCGGCAAUGGGAAGCUGGCAUCCUGGGCCUCUAUCUUGGGAUUCGUGGUAAUGAUGUCACUGGAUGUGGGCCUCGGCUAGCUCUGACACUGCAGACACAGGACGGAAAGCACCUGGCUUCGGCGGGACCACGAACCUUGUUCCUUUCCCCCUCCGCCUCUUCACCUGGAUCAGCUCUGAUCUCACUGUGACUGCUUUUACUAUUGGCUUUUGAGGGACAUGUUGGUUUUCUCUGGAAUCUUGAAGUGUCAUAGAACUAUAGAUUUUUUAAAAUUUUGUCCACUGAGUGUGAUCUUUCUCCAUAGAGAUGGUCAAGGCCACCUCUUCCUUCCCCUCCUCAUUCUCCAUCACUAGACUCAAUGGUGACUCCUGGAGGUCACCCCCAGUAGCAUGUCCCCAGGAGAAAAGUCCUGGGCAUGUUAGCCUGGGGUCUUGGAGCUAGCAGAUAGCCAGAGCUCUUCUCCUUUGCUGUUGACCUGCUGACCUUCUAGAAUGCUAGGACAGAAGUGUCAGGAACACAACUCAUUCUCCAAAUCUGAGCCAGCUCGAAGAGUCAUAUGAGGCCCAUAGGAGAAGGACCACACUCAAAGGGAAGGAGGCCAGCUAGUCUCUCUUCAUUCUAAGGCAAAGGUUGGCAUGAUUGAUGCUGAGUGGAUUGGGGAAUUAGUAUGACCAUGAGCGUACCUCACAACUGGUGAAAAGAAGGCAGAAUGUGACUUUGAAUAAGAGGUCUCUCUAGGGUACAGCAGUCAUCAGCAUUCCUGAAUCUUCUACCUAUUGAUUUUUGAUGACCUUAUAGUCUUUGUUUCUCUAAGAGACUUAGGAAUGCCAGCAAAUUACUAAAACUCCAACUCUUCGUUUCCUAAUGGAGGGAGCUCUUAAGUUAGCUCUAGUGAAAGAUGACAGUUGGAGUAUGGAUAAGGCACCAUUCCUACUGGCCACUUGGCAACUUAUAACUCACAACCAAGAAUGCUUGAGCUUCCACAGGCUUCACUGGAGUCUGGCCAGAGGGCUUAGGGCAGGAGAAGUUAUUUUUACAGUUCAUUUCAAAGUACAUUUUAGCCAAGCUAACAUUCUGAAAUGGCCCUAAAACAUGGCUGAAACUAGACAAAAAGCUAACCCCAUCCAUCCUGCACAUAGACCCUCCAACUGGUUGUUGAUAAAGGCCUGCAUCCUCCAUGGUCUGGGAAGCAUGUGAGACUUGGAGCAGAUGUGGCCCAAGAGGCAGGCUCCAGGCAUUGUGUUAUCAGUACCCACCGUGUUAUGUUUACACAUUCCGUCUCUUCCGAGGGAGGAUCUGCAAGUCUGCUCUGUGAAUGUUCUCAGGUCCCCAGGGCCAACCUCAGCUGGGUGUACGCAUGUUCUCCCGAAGCACUGAAGAUCAAGUUGAAGACACAGCUGAAGAUUAAAUUCAUUGAGAUUAGCUGGUUGGUGAUGAGUGUAUGUUUUUUUUUUUUCUUUUAUGUCUCUGUAUGUAGUUCUAAUAAUGCAAAUUGCUGUUCUUUCUGCUGGGUAAGACCUCAUGACUGUGAUUCAUGUCAAUAAAGGGAAUGCCAUUGUGGAUGACCUGCAUUA